GGCCUGAUGUGCGCAUGCGCAAGGCCGGAGGUCCCGUCCAUCUCUGCAGUUGGUGGCUCCAAGAACAUUCCCCACACAAUGCCAUCCCCACUGGGUCCCCCGAGUCUGCCCUCUCUGGACCCUGAGGCCACCGCAGAGGAUCCCGAAACGGCACGGCAGCACUUCCGGGGCUUCUGCUACCAAGAGGUGGCCGGUCCCCGGGCGGCCCUGUCCCGCCUGCAGUUUCUGUGCCGCCAGUGGCUACGGCCCGAGGCACACUCCAAGGAGCAGAUACUGGACCUGCUGGUGCUGGAGCAGUUCCUGGGGGCUCUGCCCCCCGAGAUCCAGGCCUGGGUGAGAGGCCAGCAGCCAGGCAGCCCUGAGGAGGCUGUUGUCCUGGUCGAAGACCUGCAGCGUGACCCUGGGCAGCUGCUGGGCUGGAUUACAGCACAUGUCCUGCAGCAAGCUGUGCUCCCAGCCACGCAGAAGACAGAGGAGUUGGUGGGGGGUGUCCACCCCUCAGGGACAGUGGAGCUCCUCAGGGUAGCCUCUGGGGAGGGGCCAAAGGAUGCCCAGAUGGAGGGCAAUGCCCAGCUCAGCUGCAGUGUGAAGGAGGAGCCUGAUGGCUACGUGCAGGAGACAGCAUCCUCCAGCCCCCCACCUCCAGCCCAGUCCCACAAGGAGCAUGUGGAACAACAGGAACCGACUCCUGCACCCUUCCAGCCACCCCGGCUUCAGGAGUGGGGGCUCCUGGAGCCGUCCCAGAAGGAGCUGUACUGGGACGCGAUGCUGGAGAAGUACGGCUCGGUGGUCUCCCUGGGGUUGCCGCACCCCCUGCCUGAGUCGCGCGCGAAGUCACAGCCGGAGGCCCUGAGCACCGGAUCCGGAUCCGAGGGGCGGAGAAACCUCCGACCGGGAGAUGAGAGCGAGGGCCGUCCCGGCGGCCCCGAGGCCCCGCCGCCGCCGCCGAGGAUCAAGCCCUACACGUGCGCUCAGUGUGGCGGCGCCUUCGACUGGAAGUCAGUGUUCGUCAUCCACCGUCGUGCGCACGCCAGCGGCCUGGGCACCGAGAAGCCACCUGCCGGCCCGCCCCCGCGCGCGCUCCCAGGCCCGCGCGGCUACGCCUGCGAGGUGUGCGGCCACAGCUUCAGCUGGAAGUCCCAGCUGGUCAUCCACCGCAAGGGCCACGCCAGCCAGCGGCGCCACCUCUGCGCCGACUGCGGCCACAGCUUCGACUGGAAGUCCCAGCUGGUCAUCCACCGCAAGAGCCACCGGCCCGAGGCCCCGUGA